CGCUAACGGAUGCCUUGCAAUCGUCGAUAUCCUGUUGAGGCAUGGAGCAAUCGUAGAUAUGACUGACAAGCAGCGGCAAGAAAUCAUCCCGAAGUUGCUAGUUUGCUCCGUCAAUAUUCAGCUAUGCAGCGUGGUGUUCAGGAUUUGACACCAGAGAGUGAGGCUAAGGAUCCAUUCGCAGACAGGAGAGGCAGCAGUGAUUUCCAUCGAGGAGCUGCCAUUAUUACGCCUCCAAUCCGUCCUGUUGUAUCUGUACCAACAUCAAAUGGUUCAGGACAAAUAACCUCUCAGCCAUUACCUACCUCAGCACAGCGCUCUGGUCAAACAAACCGCGCUUCCGGUCAACGGCGCAUCAGUCUGCCUUCGAUUACCGAAGCUCCAUCUCCUGCUGAUGUUCCUGUCCCAAUGCCACGACAAUCCUGUGAUCUUGGUCGCAUUCCUCAAUCAACAGAACCUUUGAUCAGAAACAGUGCGUCUAUCCGAUCUACACUCUCACAGCCAACACGAAAUAUCUCCAUGUCGCCUACAAAAUCUGAAGAUCGCAUCUCUGUGAAAAGUUUGGCACGAGAUCCAUCUGAUCCAACUCUGAGCGUCCCAUCCAAUGGGACUGGCUCUGCAGCAAUGUCAAACAGCCCUGCUAACGAUACGAGUCCAUGUAGUAUGCAGCACCCUCAGAUAAAGGCAAGUACACCAACCAUAGGAGGGCAACAACAGCAACCGAAACAGAAACAGGACAAUGAUCUUGUGGCCCCAUCACCAGCUGUAAUAGCAUCAGCAACAACAAUAAAACGACGAAAAUCUAUGGGGUCUGCGGCCCUCUUGUCGCCUCCCACUGAAAAUUCGGUUCACCGCCGCAAGUCGUUUGACCACUUGAUGAGUUUGAUGAGAUCAAAUUCAAAGACUAGGAGACCAUCAGAUGCAUCGAUAGCGUCAGAGGGAACAGCUUGCUCUUCAGAAACCACAGGAACAUCCCGCACCAGCAUUUCUGAUCAUCGUGGUAGUCUUGAUGCAAUCAAUGUUAACGUCAAAAGCAAAAACAGCGGAAGCUGUGGUAGCAAAAAGGACAGUCUUCUCGCUACUAUCAAAGCAACUGAUUCCGAUAGCGGAAACGGGAAUGGCUCGACUUUGUCGUCCCAUUUGACAAGGUCGGCCUCACAACCUGCGUUGGAGGACAACAUCAAGCCAAAGCGAUCACCGGUAACGUUCGUGAAAGAGGCAAUAGUCGCUCGACAGUCACUGGAUCUUCAAAGAUUGGCAGUGAACCUGGACAGGACAGCAGACAAAGCUAGGAAGAGCAUGGAACACAGGAAUGAUUCUGACUCUGACCUGCCUGGCUUGCUCUUCCGCCGGCGAACCAUGCAGGAGAUCGUGCCCUUCCCAAAGAUGAACAACAAAACUUCACAAUAUCAUACGAUGGGACCAUCAGUCAACCUAACAACCCUCUCGGAUAAUCAGUUUCAUCAGCAACAGCAUUCGAAUGGGUCAACAUCAUCGCUUCAAGAGGCAUCACCUCGUCUCAGCAUCGGAUCGAUCUCCUCUGGUAGUGCGACGGUUUCGGGAAGGUUCUCACGGAUGUGGUCAUCGUCCAAUUCAACCAGCAAAGAGAAUCUUGACGUGAAUGACUUUGGUGACUCGAUCGUUUCUUCUGGGGAGCAUGCUUCAGCAGGGACCUUAACACCGAAUGGUACUACUAACCGACCUCGAAACAGCAUGCUGAACCGACUUUCUGGUCUCUGGUCUCGCCGAUGAAAGAUUGAAGAGGAUGUAAAUGCUGAUGUAGAUUUUUUUUUUUUUUUUUUUUU